GCGCGCGCCUCCCGCUGCCGCACUUUCACUCUCGGUCCACCUCGGUGUCCUCCUGCUGUCCAGCCCUGCAGCCUCCAGCGCGCCCUCCCGCCCACGCCAUGGAUGCCAAGGUCGUCGCCGUGCUGGCCCUGGUGCUGGCCGCGCUCUGCAUCAGUGACGGGAAACCCGUCAGCCUGAGCUACAGAUGCCCGUGCCGAUUCUUCGAGAGCCAUGUCUCCAGAUCCAACGUCAAACAUCUGAAAAUCCUCAACACUCCAAACUGUGCCCUUCAGAUCGUUGCAAGACUGAAGAGCAACAACAGACAAGUGUGCAUUGACCCGAAAUUAAAGUGGAUUCAGGAGUACCUGGAGAAAGCUUUAAACAAGGGGCGCAGAGAAGAAAAAGUGGGGAAAAAAGAAAAGAUAGGAAAAAAGAAGCGACAGAAGAAGAGAAAGGCUGCUCAGAAAAAGAGAAACUAGUUACCUGCUUCCUGCAGAUGGACCACUGUGCGUUCUGCCCUGGCGCUUUGUAACUCGCCCUUCCCUCUUCGGGGACAGACCCCACACCCCGGGCAGGUGCUCACACGUGAUGGUAAAUUCUUCCCUCUCCCAGGGCAGACCCUCACAUCUUGGGCAGAUGCUCAGACUUGUCUGCCCUGGUGGCCACACCAGCUGCUGUAUUUAUGCGCUUCUUAAGGCCUUGCUCCGUCUGCUAAGCUAUGAAAAAAAAAAAACAAAAAACCCAUAGAUGUCCAGAGACUGGGGUGGAAGCUAAGCCACAGAGGACCUGCCAAGCCUGGUAGCAUUGCCCCGAGCUGAGCCCCUGGCCAGGAGUUCCCAAGGCUCACACCCAAAGUCUACAAUCCUAUGAAGGCCAGAUGGUCUGCUUAGCCAGGAAAGGGCAUAUGGCUUCCCCUCAGCCACACUACCCCUUGUGGCCUUCUCAGGACGUGAGAUGACUUGCUCCCCUGACUGUGUGAGCAGCUUUGGCGCCAGCCCAGAAGGGUAUCUACAGACUGUUGGGUGAGCAGGAGGAAUGAUAACUUCUCAGAAAACAGAUGUGAGCUGCUUCUCAGGGAGUCUUUUCGUUGGACAACUCACUUUAGAAUCUUUAAACGGGUCCCUUGUGGGGAGGACAGAUGUGCUCUGGAACUUACUGAAGGGCCAGCAGCUUCAGGGACUUUUUAGUCUGUCCUUUUGCUCCCAACAUCCCUUUGGAUGCUGUGCUAUCUGGGCACAGCUGCCUCCGUCUUAACUCUUGAGAUGUCUGCCUUCAGUGAAUUGGGUUAAAGUUCUAGAAUAUUCUACUAUCCCACCCCACCCCCACCUGGCAAUCUAUGUCUUUAUGUUUUUGUGUUUUUGGUGCCAGUUUGGAUUGGAAGGCUAGGGUGAAAAGCUCUGAUUUUAGCAGUGUUUUGAAAGAGGAUUAUUUGAAUUUCUUGACCCUCCUCUUCACCUCGUGUAAACACACACAUCUUGGACUCCAGACCUCUGCGUAGAAUUUUCAUAAUCAGGGCAGAAAACGGAAAUGAUCUGAAGAUGCAGCCAAUGGAUCAGAGGAAGGAAGCCCAGGGGCCCGUGGGUCCCACUCUCCUGGGUCCCUAAGUUCUGUACCCCUGGAUGUGCUCCUUACGGUUCUAGCAUUAGAGAUACAGCCUUUCAUGAUCCUUGCUGGCACCCAUCCUGCUAGGGAGCUUCAGGGAAGACCUGUGUUACCAGCUGUUACCCUUUAUCUGGACAGCUCAAGCCAGCCCAUAUCCCCUCCUCAGAGCUGAGGAGAGCAAGCUGGACUCCGAGUGAGCCCCUCUUCAGGCCCAGGGUCACUGCCCGUCCUUGUGCUAGCAGCUGCAAUCUGGGCUCAGAGUGGCCUCAGCUGGGGUCCUCCUACUAUUACUAAAACACAUCUGGAGGACAGACCUGUGCCCAUGCCACAGCUUUGCAUAGAAAAAUGAGCCUAGCCCUUCCAGGACCCUGGGGAGAACUGUUGCCCCUAGGAGCCAAAGGCCAAACUGAGGCUGCCCUGAGGUGGAAGACCACUUUUAAAAAUGCCCAUAGACUCUGCCUCCAAGUCCUAGAGAAGCAGGCUGCAGAGAUGAAGAGAGUGGACCAUCACUUAGGAACCAUAGCAAGCUCUACCUGUCCUUAUGUGGCUCCCAGGAGCCCCUCUGUGCUAAAGUGGCUUAUGAUGCCCUUCUGAUGGGCAACUGCAGCCUGAUGGACAGAGUCACCAUGGAAAUGCCCGAGAAGCUGAUUGCAUCUUGUGAGAGGCUGACACAGGAUGUGCUCCUGUCAGCUCAUAAGCAGGUGAGGGGUGGUCCUUACACUAUCCCGCACAGAUUUCUUCUGGGAGGACAUGCAGCCCCAGAGGCCACCUUCUGAGUGCCAGAACCUCUUCUUCUGGUGAUGCGGCACCAGCCAAGAGAUUUUAAAAGAAAGAUGAGUUUUUGAUGGAAGCUGUGGGAGGUGCCUCUUGGAGUUCUGAGGCCUGGGGAUGCCUGGGGACACAGUGCCUGCUGUUGCUGGCGUAGAUACAUAGUCUCAACAUCAGAGUCCUGAGUUUAAGGCAGAGUGCCUUGUCAUGUGCUCCGUGUACCAUGCCUCCCAUGCCAGUGUGUGUGUGCCUCACCCUGUGCUUUACCUGUUCAUCUGUCUUCUGCUUACCACCGUCAUCCAGACCCCGAGCAUCAGCCCUGGCCGUGCCCUUCCCUGCUUUCCCACUCUCUCCGACCUCGGAAGGAAGACACAUGGCAGCAAGCUGAAAUCAGGAGUAGGGCCUGUGGCUCCUGCCAAGCCAUGCAGCAUCCAGGCACGUGGUGGUGAGAAUCUGCCUUAAUGGUGUCUCCUUUGUUCUUGUCAACAGGAGGCUCAAGAUGUGAGAGGCGUGGGUCAGACGCCUGAGGAGCUUACAGAAGGAGCCUAGGUCUGAAGUCAGUGUUAGGGAAGGGCCCACAGCCACUUCCUCUGCUCCUGAGCAGGGCUGAAGCCAUUUCCGAGGGACUUGCUUUGCACGAUUUGCUGUAUUUUCACUAUUUGAUUAUGUAGCAAGAUACAUGGUGUUUAUUUCAUUUAGUCUGAUUAUCCAGUGUCAUUGGUGACAGGCCAAAGUCACUAUAUUAUUUCCUUUGUUAUCGUAUCUGUGCCAUGGAGGACCUUCUCUGAAUAAGGGCUCCCCAGGUUUGUCUCUUGGAGCUGAGACAGGAGGGGUACCCUUUUUCUUAAUGGGAACUGGGUGCCCCCACCCCAAAGACUGCAGGGCUUUCCCCAGCUGAGGCAGGCGUGUGAGGCCAGGAAGAGUGAGAUCCGCCCUCAUCCCAUGCUCUCCUUCUUCAUCCCAUCAUGCUCAUCAUUCUUCCUCAUCCAUCACCAUGUGUCUCCAAGACUGUCUCCGUGACCCUGAAAAAGGACUCUUGCAAGGUGAACUCUUUUAUUCAAAUGGGACAGCAAGAAAGAAAGGAGAAUGUCUGGUGUCCCCCGAAAACCCUGUGCACAUGUAUGUCUUGUUUGGAAUCUUGUCUGUUCAGCCCCCUGCUUUUGUUCAAAGUCCAUGUUGUCACCCAUGACCAAUGUCUCGUUCGUGCACUGUCUCUAAUCCAAAUGCAAAGGCUGAGUAUGAGGAGCUGGCCCUGAGAUCCAGGCUGUGGUUGGUCAUGGAGGUAAACAGCCUUGGUUUCCUUGCUGCUCGCAGGGUUACGUUGGACACACGAAGCCAAACAAAGCAAGGUGGUUUAGCACCAGCACUUAGGUCUGAGGACUGUUGAGCCUCAUGGUUUCGUAACUGUCACCUUAAAACUGUGGUGACAUCAAACACAACAUUUUAUUGAGGAAUAACGGUGCCCAAUUAUUUUCCAUUAUUUUUUAAAGUCAAUGAAUCAAAGAUUCAACCCUAGAUCGAUCUUCCUCACCACUGGCAGGGCAGUGCUGCCAUCCCUGUCUUGGUAGCUGCCGGGCACCUUUGCUGUCACAGAUAACACUGUGCCCCUUUCCCCUUGGGACAGCCUAACAGGUGUUGGUGUUGGUCCUGCGGCUUGACUGUGGCCCUGAAAGUGUUUUGUCCUCUGCAGUUUCAAAUGAAACAGAUGUGGGAAGAAGAGAAGGGAAAAGCGGGGGGAGCUCCCUUGUCCAGUUGGAUGGACACCCAAGUAAGAUGGAGGAAGCAAGAGAAUGAUCAAAAACAGGUGUUUGGGAGUAAAUAAUCUGUAGAAUUGUGACGUUAGCAAUGUCGGGGGGAGGGGAGCAUUUCUAUAAAUAGUCCUUUAAGUUGACUUCACAGAAGAAGGAAAAAUCCAUCCAGCAAGAUUUUGAUCAAACUGGAACAAAAACGAAAAUGCUUAAGCCAGUUAGGAUGUGGGGCAUGCGGCUAAGGGGGCAGCGAUGGACCCUCAGAGGGGAAUUGUUCUGAGCCCCUUUGAAAUGACCAUGCCGUGCCCCUGGGCCAGAUACCACACAACUACAAUGUUAGGGCAGCAGCCACUUUGCAUCUCACCCAGGGUUUUGAGGAUGCUGCUUGGGAGCAAGCACAGCCCUUCCUCUUCACUAUAGUUGUUGAUCCUUUGUAAAAGAUGAGGGUGGAAACUGUGGGGAGACUUGGCGUGUGUCGGUUCUUCUGCUUUGUCAGUUUCUGACUGGCGACAGCCAGCCUAAAGCAAAUAUGCAUUUAAAUAGUACAUUUACAUAGGAAAAGUCUCUCUCCACCUUAAUCCCCCAUUCCUUUGCUUUCAAAAUCCAAGCCCAGCGUGUCAGCGAUCUGCUGUUGACUGGGGACACCUAGCUGUCCCUGCUGGAACUCACGCCCUCCUCGUCCCAUCUUCCCUUGGGCACUAGGUAACCUGCCAGGCAGCCCGCCCCUCUAUUACCAGCCUUUGCAUUUGGAUAGGGAAUGGGGGUUGGGGACUUACAGUCUGCUUUGUGUGGAAGCCCAGAUUUGUGCCUUGUGUUGUUUACCCUGUGCUGCUGCUGGCUCCCAAGGACAAAGGGUCUCUAACAAGAAAGUGGGGGCAGAGUCAUCUGGCUCUUUGUUCAGCUUUGAGAGGGGGUCACAAGAACAAAAAGUUGCCUUCCUCCUUGGGACCUGGCCUGGGAUGGUAGACCUCUCCAGUGGGUUCUGUUUGUCUUCUCACGGGUGAUUGCCUCAUCCGGGGCGUCACCAGGAGCCUCCUCCCAGAGGCCAGUCACCCUCUCCAGGUAAUGCGCAGAAGAUGAGAGCCGGAGAGCUGUUCCCUUACACAGCUUCCCUGGUCCAUCUUAAGGUAAAUAAUCUCACUCCUCAAAAUGUUCCAUAGAAACCUACAAAGUCCGCAGGAGACUCCAGCCAUUGCCAAGUUCACAGAACCAGCCAGCCAAAAGUGAUUGCCAACCUGGACGGGCUUGCAGUGCCCGGGCAGCGAUGGGUUCCGUGUUGCAUGUGGUGAAUGCUGUGUUUUGUUUCAGUUGUGUCUCCCAGAUAAUGUGAAAAUGACCCAGGAGAAGGCAGCUUCCUAUGUGCAGUGUGUGCCUUUUUAUUCUCGUCUUUAAUAUAUGACAGUUAUUUGAGAAGCCAUUUCUACUUGGAAGUCAUAUCAGUGAAAGUGAUGUACCUUCACCUAUAAUUUCCCUAAUAAAGAUCUGUAUUUAAAUCCA